AUGAAGCUCUACUUGAUCGUCAGCAUGAUGCUCGCUGCCACCGGUUUUGCAGCAACCCUCGGUGCUAGGAACAACAACCCUCUCGCUGACGAGUGCCCUGUUGACCGCCCGUGCAACCACAACCAAGACUGUGCCGCCAGAUAUUGCCGUUGCGUUGUCGACAACGACGGCAAUAACGGUCGCUGCCGCCCAUGGCCAAGCUAG